UUUAAGACUUUUCACGGUGGUGGAGGUGGUAACGAGUGUGAGAGUUUUUUUUUUUUUUUUUUAAUGUUAUAUAGAUUUUUUGUUUUGAUAACAAUAAGAUUAUCUAUCACGAAUUCGUUUUUAUAUCUAAUUAUUAAAAGUCAUAAUAACAAGAUCGCUGAGGAAAAUUAAGUUAUAAGAGACUUUAGACCUCACUCAGGAAAAAAACCAAACAGAUGGCAAGAGUCAGAUUGAUCAUAGUUCGAACUAGAAAAUUGUUCAAAUCAUAACGGUACAUUUCUUAUAAUUAUAAAUAGCAAAUGGGUGUUUUUAAGUGGAAUUGGUAAUUACAUUUAAAGGGCCAUAUUUGGAGGGAAAGAAAAGUGUGGCAAUAGAUGGCUCGGGCAUUUGGAAAAGCCAUAGCAAAACCUUCUUCUUCUUCUUUGUCUUCUUCAUCCAACAUUCCAAAUCGAAAUCUCUGCCUCAUAACAUCCAUCACCUCAAUCCUUCAAAAUCUAAAUCCCCAAAUCCCAGAUUUCUCAUCCCUCAAUAAAUUUUCUCCUCACCUCAGCCCGAACUUGGUCAUUCAGGUGAUCAAGAACCAAAAGAACCCACACCACGCUCUUCAAUUCUUCAACUGGGCCUCCAACCCUAACCCCAACCCUAAGAACUACUCCCACACCCCCUUAUGCUACGCCGCCAUCACCGACCUCUUGCUCUCCCACUCCCUCUUCUCCACCGCUUACUCCCUUCUUCACCACUCCAACAAACUCUCCGACUUCCUUAUCUGCAGAUUCAUCAACGCUCUCGGUCACUGCGGCGAUAUCAGGGGCGCCGUUCACUGGUUCCACAAAGCAAAAAACUUGGGAAGAGAACACUGCGUCUACUCAUGCAACGCCGUCUUGAGCGUCCUCGUCAGGGCCAACCGUGUCAAUUUUGCCAAGGCCAUCUACAAUCAGGUUCUCUCAGAAGCUGUGAUAGAACCCGAUGUUUACACUCACACCACCAUGAUUCGUGGGUUUUGCAAAGUGGGGAUGGUCGAGAGUGCGCGCAAGGUGUUCGAUGAAAUGCGCUGCGAACCCAACAUUGUUACUUACAACACUUUGAUCCACGGGUUUUGUAAGAAGGGUGACAUGGAGGGUGCGCGGUCGGUUUUUGACAGAUUGGUGGAGAGUAAGAGUUGUGAGCCGGAUGUGGUGAGUUUCACCACUUUGAUUGAUGGGUAUUCGAAGAGAGGUGAAUUCAAAAAGGCGGUGGAGUGUCUGAAGCAGAUGACGGAACGAGGGUGUUCUCCGAAUGUUGUGACCUACAAUGCCUUGGUUGAAGGUCUUUGCUUGAGCGGAGAAGUGGAUGAGGCAAAGAUGAUGAUGGGUAGGAUGCGGUUGAAUGGUUUGAAAGACAAUGUCGCCACAAACACUAGCUUGUUGAAGGGGCUGUGUAUUGUGGGAAAGUCCGAUGAUGCAUUUAAGCAUUUCAGGGAAAUGGCUAGUCGGGGGAUGAAGCCGGAUGUGAAAGCCUAUGGGGUUGUUGUGAAUGAGUAUUGCAAAAUUGGAAAACCAAGAGAAGCAGUCUCACUUCUGAGAGAAAUGGUGACGAGGGGUGUUAAGCCAAGUGUGUCAAGCUUCAAUGCAGUGUUUAGAGUUCUUGUGGAUGAGGGGAAGAUUGAUGAAGGAGUUCUUCUUUUGAAGCAGAUGAGUCAUAUGGGAUGCUCACCCAACUUCUUGUCAUAUUGCAUAUUGGUAUGUGGCCUCUGUAAAGUGAAGAGUAGGAUGCAGGCAGUUGAAGAGCUUGUUUCAGACAUGCUUCAGAAUGGGCAUAACCUGGACGCAACUAUGUAUAACUGCUUACUUCAGGGAUAUUGUGAAGACGGGGAUGAAGAAAUGGCACUAAAGACAUAUUAUGACAUUAUGAAUAAGAACUUUGUAAUCAAGCAAGACGUUUUCAGCACUUUUGUGAAGUUGAUGUGUGCAAAGGGGAAAUUGAAAGAGGGGGAUACAGUCUUUGAGGGAUGCUUGCUCGGGGGAUUCCAGUUAAGUGGGAAAGUUGAGGCUAAUGCAACAGAGGAACCUGGAACACUGACGUAAUUUUCAGAUCAGGGAAUUUUUGCACAGCUACAGUGGAGAAGGGUGUUAACUUAAUCCUGCAGUGCAAGUUCAACGUUCAUUCUUUGCAGUAGGGUUAAGUCUGUGAUGAUUGAUGGCAUGGUUAGUAACCGGGUUUGGACAGAAACUCGGAAAAAUUGAAUUACUGAUCGAGUGAUUCAAUAGGCCAAUAAUCAAAAUAUUUAAGACUACUUGUAUAUUAUAUUUUUCAAAAAUUAUUAUUUGAUACUAAGUUUUUCAAACCAACACACAACAAAUUUCUUUUAA